UGGAAGUGAAGAAGCUCUUUCCAAUGAAGACUGUGAAAAUGUUUACCACUUGGUGUACUCAGCACAUCGCCCUGUUGCUGUGGCAGCUGGGGAAUUCCUUCACAAAAAGCUGUUUAGCAGACAUGAUCCACAAGCAGAAGAAGCAUUAGCAAAGAGGAGGGGAAGGAAUAGUCCAAAUGGCAACCUCAUCAGAAUGCUGGUUCUUUUCUUUCUUGAAAGUGAGUUACAUGAACAUGCAGCCUACUUGGUGGACAGUUUGUGGGAGAGCUCUCAAGAACUAUUGAAAGACUGGGAAUGUAUGACAGAGUUGCUAUUAGAAGAACCUGUUCAAGGAGAGGAAGCAAUGUCUGACCGUCAAGAGAGUGCUCUUAUAGAGCUAAUGGUUUGUACGAUUCGUCAAGCUGCUGAGGCACAUCCUCCAGUGGGAAGGGGUACUGGCAAGAGAGUGCUAACUGCCAAAGAAAGAAAAACUCAAAUUGAUGAUAGAAACAAAUUGACUGAGCAUUUUAUUAUCACACUUCCUAUGUUGCUAUCAAAGUAUUCUGCAGAUGCAGAGAAGGUAGCAAACUUGCUACAAAUCCCACAGUAUUUUGAUCUAGAAAUUUAUAGCACAGGUAGAAUGGAAAAGCAUCUGGAUGCUUUAUUAAAACAGAUUAAGUUUGUGGUAGAGAAACAUGUAGAAUCAGAUGUUCUAGAAGCCUGCAGUAAAACCUAUAGCAUCUUAUGCAGUGAAGAGUAUACCAUCCAGAACAGAGUUGACAUAGCUCGAAGUCAGCUAAUUGACGAGUUUGUAGAUCGAUUCAAUCAUUCCGUGGAAGAUCUACUGCAAGAGGGAGAAGAAGCUGAUGAUGAUGAUAUUUACAAUGUUCUCUCUACAUUAAAGCGGUUGACCUCUUUUCAUAAUGCUCAUGAUCUCACAAAGUGGGAUCUAUUUGGUAAUUGCUACAGAUUAUUGAAGACUGGAAUUGAACAUGGAGCUAUGCCAGAACAGAUAGUCGUACAGGCACUGCAGUGUUCCCAUUACUCGAUUCUUUGGCAGUUGGUGAAAAUUACUGAUGGUUCUCCUUCCAAAGAGGAUUUGUUGGUAUUGAGGAAAACAGUGAAAUCCUUUUUGGCUGUUUGCCAGCAGUGUCUAUCUAAUGUUAAUACUCCAGUGAAGGAACAGGCAUUUAUGUUACUCUGUGAUCUUCUGAUGAUAUUUAGCCACCAAUUAAUGACAGGUGGCAGGGAAGGCCUCCAGCCUUUGGUGUUUAAUCCAGAUACUGGACUCCAAUCUGAACUCCUCAGUUUUGUGAUGGAUCAUGUUUUCAUUGACCAAGAUGAAGAGAACCAGAGCAUGGAGGGUGAUGAAGAAGAUGAAGCUAAUAAAAUUGAGGCCUUACAUAAAAGAAGGAAUCUACUUGCUGCCUUCAGCAAACUUAUCAUUUAUGAUAUUGUUGACAUGCAUGCAGCUGCAGACAUCUUUAAACACUACAUGAAGUAUUACAAUGACUAUGGUGAUAUUAUUAAGGAAACACUGAGUAAAACCAGGCAGAUUGAUAAAAUUCAGUGUGCCAAGACCCUCAUUCUCAGUUUACAGCAGUUGUUUAAUGAACUUGUUCAAGAGCAAGGUCCCAAUCUAGAUAGGACAUCUGCCCAUGUCAGCGGCAUUAAAGAAUUGGCACGUCGUUUUGCCCUUACAUUUGGACUGGAUCAGAUCAAGACACGAGAAGCAGUUGCCACACUUCACAAGGAUGGCAUAGAAUUUGCCUUUAAAUACCAAAAUCAGAAAGGACAAGAUUAUCCACCUCCUAAUCUGGCUUUCCUGGAAGUAUUAAGUGAAUUUUCUUCUAAACUUCUUCGACAGGACAAAAAGACUGUUCACUCAUACCUAGAAAAAUUCCUUACGGAGCAGAUGAUGGAAAGGAGAGAAGAUGUAUGGCUUCCACUUAUCUCCUAUAGAAAUUCAUUAGUCACUGGAGGUGAAGAUGAUAGAAUGUCUGUGAACAGUGGAAGUAGCAGCAGCAAAACUUCCUCAGUAAGGAAUAAGAAAGGACGACCCCCACUUCACAAAAAACGAGUAGAAGAUGAAAGUCUGGAUAAUACAUGGCUAAACAGGACCGACACCAUGAUUCAGACUCCUGGGCCCCUGCCAGCACCACAGCUCACUUCCACUGUACUGCGGGAGAAUAGCAGGCCUGUGGGAGAACAGAUUCAGGAACCUGAGACUGAACAUGGUUCUGAACCUGACUUUUUACACAAUCCUCAGAUGCAGAUCUCUUGGUUAGGCCAGCCAAAAUUAGAAGACUUAAAUCGGAAAGACAGAACAGGAAUGAACUACAUGAAAGUGAGAACUGGAGUAAGGCAUGCCGUUCGGGGCCUAAUGGAGGAAGAUGCUGAGCCCAUCUUUGAGGAUGUGAUGAUGUCAUCCCGGAGCCAGUUAGAAGAUAUGAAUGAAGAAUUUGAAGACACCAUGGUUAUUGAUCUGCCCCCAUCAAGAAAUCGGCGAGAACGAGCUGAGCUGAGGCCAGAUUUCUUUGAUUCUGCAGCUAUCAUAGAAGACGAUUCAGGAUUUGGAAUGCCUAUGUUCUGAAGUCUGAAGAAAAUUUACAAAUCUGGAACUCUAUUAUUUAGAGCUAGAGGCCUAUAUACUGUGAUAGCUUGUAUGGGGGAGAAAACACUUUUGAUGUGAUCUGAUUUGUUUUUUAAUCAAAUGAUUGAGGUCAAUCCCUUUUUGCAGUGACAGAAGAGGAGCAUGUAAAUUACCCAAGGGAAUGUUGGUGAAUGUCACCUCAGAAAGACUGACCUGAAAAAUCAUUUGUGUUCUAAUAUUGGACUCAUCCCAGUACAGAUGUGUGUGUUUUUCUGGAGGGAGGAAAAAAUUUUAAAUUUUUAAAACAGCUGUCAAGAUAAACACUGUUAUACACCUGUUUUAUGAAAACUCAGCAUUGAGUAAAAAAAAAUAUUUUUAACUUUAUUUUCCUGUUGUACAAUUUAAAAACCGUUUUAACAUUUUGCCUUUUUAUGUUUUAAAAGCUAACCAUUUUUAUUAAACCUAUGAGUAAGCAGCUCAUCCUAAUUGCUGAAGAGUGUUUUGGAGCUCACUGGAUUUGGUUGACCUUGUGGAAUACAGAAAUGCGGAGGAGCAGAAUAUCAACAAGCUAAGAUGAAAUUCUGACAGUGCAUCUCUGCCAAAAACCACACCCUCUGUGGAUAUGGAUUCCCAGAUUUUAUAUACUCUUGAAUAAAAAGGUUUAUUUUUAUUUAUAAGGGGGCAUAAAAUAAGAAAUGUCCACGCAGCCAUUUUCCAACAGAUGCUGUACACCAUUCAUUUUAUAUAGAGUAGGGAGAUUCAAAUACAGUACAUUUUCUAUUGGUAUUUGUUCUGUGCAUUUUUAGCAACUUCUACCAGCAAAUAAAGUAUUCUCAGAAAAACAAAAAUGGUUCUCAAGUUAUCAGUUUGCUGUUUUUACUACUUAUUUCAUGCCCUGCCAAAUUCAAGUUACAUAGACUUCCGUUUUCUUAAAAAGAUAAUCAUGAAGAACUUCUUUGCCAUUCAAAAGUAAUCUUUAAGUGUAACAUAACUGUGUCUACUUCCCAUGCACUUAAUACCUUAUGCGCUAAUUUUGUGAAUUAAGUUUACCAAUUAUAGAAGUAUGUGCUGCAUAGAAGUCUGUGCUUUAGAGGGUGAAGUUCCUAAGCUUACCUUGAAAUACAGCUACAUUUCAGUGUUAAAUGUGCAUAUUAAUUAUUUUGGGGAAAGAAAUUAUGGAUCUUCAGGACAGCCUUCAAUGGUUUAGAAUUACAUUCUGCUUAGACUUUUAUGACUUGCUGCUAUUGUUUUAAAAAGCCCACUUUUUUCCUUUCUGAUUUUUAAAAGCAAGCCUCAAUUCCAAACAAAUCCAUCCACAGCUGUUUCUGGGCUGGUUUUUAAAGUAGCUGCAAUGGAAUCAUGAGGCUUUCCCUUCUUACCAAAAAUGAAAAGCAUUUUUUUACUAAUCUGUGCACCCAAUAAUUAUCUUUUGUUGGGAAAGCAAAUGGAUUAUUCUAUUCAUUCUUUUAGUAAACACAAAACAGAUUUUUCUCAGUCUUUGUACAGUUCUGAAAAAACCUGGUCACCAAAAAUAUAUCUGCUAAUUUAGUAAUUCCUGGGCUCCAGUUUGAGGGGCUGGGGUCUCGAUUUCUUCCAGAAAUGUGGGCCUCACUGGACAUGCAGGGGCAGGAAUAACUCAACUCAACUGUCCACCAGCAUCAACCCUGCCUGUGGUUCUGGCCAGGGAGGAAGCUGGGAGGUGCCCUGGCACAUGCACAGAUUGAUCCUUUGCUUGACAGUUUCAUGUGGAAAUCAGAUGCUGACUUAGAAUUGUAGACUACAUGCAACAAAAAAAAAAAAAAAAAAAAAAAAAAAA